CACUACGGUAAAUAACUAAAUGUCCCUCCUUUCUGUCCACCACCCUCCCUCGUCCCCUUUAUAGGAAUUCUUUUCUCAUUAAGUUUGCCGCCGCCGCCACUGGGAAGAGGGAAGGAGAUGAUAGAAGAGCUCGCCUUCCGUGGCCACGGCUAGCAUUUCUCCCCUGAUGCCGAGGCAAAGGCGGCGCCUUUCCCUUCUGCUCUUCUUCAUCCCCACCUCCUUGUUCGCCCUCGCCCUCCUCCACCUCUCCGGCGACGGCGCUGCCGCCUUCUCCCGCGCCGCUACCCCCAUCCAGGAGGCGAACCCCGCCGCUAUGCUCGCGCUGAGGGAAGAAGUAUCCCUUCCCAAGCCCAAAUCCCACCACGAGUUGAGACUUCUGGAGAAUGCGAGCGAUGGGUUGGAACCCAGCUCCGUUUCGGUUCCUAAGGGCACAAAUUGGUCCGAGGCCAGGUCUCUACUUCGCCGCCUUCAUUCUAAUGCCCGUUCGAGGCGGUUCUCCGCCAGAGCUUACGAGUUCUUCCAUGGAUAUCCCCCCGUUCGUUCCAAUCCCUCUUGCAAAGUUCGCUUUUUUAUGACUUGGAUCUCUUCGUUGGAUGCAUUUGGCCGCAGGGAGCUGCUAUCAAUGGAGAGCCUGUUCAAAUUCCACCCGGGUGCUUGCUUGCUUAUAGUCUCCAGCACCAUGGACUCCCCCAGGGGUGCUAGGCUGCUGAAGCCCUUCAAACAGAUGGGCUUCAGGGUGGCGGCAAUGUCGCCGGACUUCGACCUUCUCUUCAAGAGCACACCUGCCAGGGCCUGGUUCAAGCUUCUCCGGAAAGGUGAGAUUGAUCCCGGGGAGGUGGCACUCGGGCAGAACCUCUCUAACCUGCUCCGGCUUGCAGUCCUCUACAAAUUUGGAGGAAUUUACAUUGACACUGAUGUUCUAGUGAUGAAGAGCUUCUUGGGUCUUAAGAAUGUCAUCGGAGCUCAGGCGGUGGAUGCCGAGACAGGGAAUUGGAGCCGGUUGAACAAUGCUGUGAUGAUAUUUGACAGGAGGCAUCCUCUUCUGUAUAAAUUCAUCGAGGAGUUUGUGCUGACCUUCGAUGGGAACAAGUGGGGGCACAAUGGACCGUACCUUGUUUCGAGGGUGGUCUCGAGGGUGAUCGGAAGGCCUGGUUUCAUGUUCACGGUGCUGCCGCCGGUGGCAUUCUAUCCAGUGGAUUGGAAUAGGAUAGAAGGGCUGUUUCAGGGGCCACAGGGUGGGAACCACUCAAAGUGGGUGAUGGCCAAACUUGAUACAAUUUGGGAGGAGAGCUUUGCUGUGCACCUACGGAACAAGCAGAGUAGAGGGAUGAAGGUUGAGGAGAAGAGUGCCAUUGCAAGAAUAAUGUUGGAUUGCUGCGUUUUCUGCAAUUUUGCAGUGUCUGCGCUGUAAAUAGUAAGGAGCAGGAAGAAGUUGUUCAGAUGUGCCAACAUCGAAUGCCAAUAUUUACCACAGCUUGUUGUCAUGGAACAUCUAAGUCCAUUCCAUGGCUGCAGUGUCUAAAGGAGAGAUAUGGUUGUAAGAAAAAUAUUCUAUCUUUUCCUUUUCUCCUUCCUUUUCCUUUCCUUUUAUUAUGUCAAUCACCUUCUGUUAAUGGUGACAUUAUCACAACCUCCUUGGUAUAAUGGGUAUGUUUGUGCAAUAACAGUAUAAGGUUGUGGUUUGUACUCUUGUGCUGUCGAAACAUUGUUUGUGUAUGGGCCUGAUUCUGCUUAACAAGUUUGCAUUGCAAUUCAGGAUUUUUAA